AAAAACAGUCCACUUCAAUAGAGGGCCUCUAAUCUUUACUUGCGCGUGCGCUAAUCACAAACCUUUUUUUUCCCGGUUUAACGGCUGUCCCAAACUGUAUAUAAACCGGCUUCAAAAUCCACCCUCUUGAAUUCCUAAUUUCCUUCCAUCUCUAUCUUCUUUCCCCCAACUUCCUCAAACGUACCUCUCUCUCUCUCUCUCUCUCUCUCUCUAGAUUAUUGGCUUCCGCCCGCGUUCCGGCAGAAAACGGGAAUAGUUCGUUGCCGGUACUGCUUUGCGAUUCGAGAUGAUGGGUUUUCUUAGAUUCAGAAGAUUCCUGUCACUAUUUCAUGCUUGACAUGACCCCUGGUUACAAUAACAUUACUGGAACUACAAAUUUGGAUACCUGUCUCGGUCCAUAGGUGGUGAUUGGAAGCAAUUUUUUGACGUGCAAUAAAGUGUAGUGGAUUCAACUACAAUUAAGUUACAUAAAUAUUUCAUAUUUGGGAGUUGCAUUGACUGGACCUAGCUAGAAAAGACAGCUCCAGUGCUCUUGAAAAGCAGACAUCUCCCUAGUUGGAAAAAUUGCAAGGGAAAGGAAUAUGUCCGAGUCAGAUUCUGAUGUUGUACGCUGGGGUCUUAAUUUUCUUGAUGCCGACCCAUUAUUUAAUUCUCAUUAUGGUGACAACAAUCAAGGUGAAGUGUACGUCUAUCAUCAAUGGCACAAGUACAAUGGGUAUAAUAAUACUGAUACAGGGUGCAGCAAUGUGGAGAACGAUGAGAUUAUUGCUCAUGCUCUUCAAGAAGAAUUUUCCCAAUUAACUAUCUCAGAAGAGCAGCCCUUGCAAGUAUCAUCUGAUACUGCUACUGACUGGCAUAGUUCAAGGAACUACUAUUCUGGCUAUGGUGACAUGGGACCCUCAAGUUCGACUUCUUGCCCUGAAAAAUCAUAUGGCGGUGAGGAGUAUUACCACAAUCUGGAGAUAACAGAUGAGUCUCCACUGGAUGGAGAAGUAUGCAAGAGAUUGAAUCAAUUGAUUCCUGUCCCGCAUGUUCCUAGGAUUAAUGGAGAUAUACCUUCAACUGAUGAAGAAACUUCUGAUUAUCAAAGGCUGGUGGAUAGAUUGCAUUUGUAUGACUUAGUUGAGCACAAGGUUCAAGGAGAUGGUAAUUGUCAGUUUCGUGCUUUAUCAGAUCAAUUCUAUCUUACCCCAGAUCACCACAAAUUUGUGAGGCAACAAGUUGUUAAUCAGCUUAAGUCUCACAGAGACAUGUAUGAAGGAUAUGUUCCAAUGGAUUAUGGUGACUAUUUGAAGAAGAUGUCCAAGAGUGGUGAAUGGGGAGAUCAUGUGACCUUGCAGGCAGCUGCAGAUUCGUAUGGUGUUAAAAUUUUUGUCGUCACUUCGUUCAAGGAUACCUGCUCCAUCGAGAUUCUUCCGAAGUCCCAAAAAUCCAAACGUGUUAUCUUCUUGAGCUUUUGGGCGGAGGUGCACUACAACUCUAUCCUUCCUCAAGGAGAUUUCCCUUCUUUUGAUGAUUCUAAGAGGAAGAAAAGGUGGUGGCCUGCCUUUUGGAAGUAAGAAUUAGAAGACUUCGUCUUUGUGCUAAACACAGUCCCCUACAUCUCCAAUCCCUGGCUUGCAUUGUCUUGGUGCUGGAGCAUGCAUUCUCAUAUCUAUACAUAAUCACAGAGUACAAGUACUCAUAUUUUCCCCCCCCCCUUAUCUCUCAUUGUUGUCCAAGUAUGCUGCUGGUAUGCAUGCAGGUAUUUUUUAAGUUUACCGCAUGCUUAUAUAUAUAUAUUUGAACGGACCGCAUGCUUAUAUAUGACUUUGGGAAAUUUUUUUGGAAAAGUUGUAUGGCAAUAAUAUAUUGUAUAUGGAACGUAAAUGAAAAUAAUGGAGGAGAUAGGGAUCUAUGUUGUGGAGAUUUUGAGUUCAUGAAACUUCAAUUGUUUCUUUGGAGAA